AUUAUGGCAGGGAGGCAUCAGAAUCGUAGUUUUCCUCUUCCAGGAGGUCAUUCAAGUGGUCAAGUACAUGCAUUUGGAAAUUGUACAGACAAUGAUAUGUUGGAGGAGGAUGCUGAAGUGUAUGAGCUUCGAUCCAGAGGAAAAGAAAAAAUCCGAAGAAGUACAUCAAAAGAUAGACUUGAUGACAUUAUAGUAUUAACAAAAGAUAUACAGGAAGGAGACACUUUAAAUGCAAUAGCCCUUCAGUACUGUUGUACGGUAGCAGAUAUCAAGAGGGUUAACAAUCUCAUCAGUGAUCAAGACUUUUUUGCCCUUAGGUCUAUCAAAAUUCCAGUAAAAAAGUUUAGUUCAUUGACUGAAACACUUUAUCCUCCAAAAGGAAGACAGACUUCACGUCCUUCAUCUGUUCAGUACCUUUCAGAACAACAGGAAGUUUUGUCAGCUAAUGAUUUCCUUUCUUCCAGUGAGUCAGCUGGUAGCUUUUUAAAAGAAGUAGACCGAGACAUAGAACAAAUAGUAAAAUGUACAGACACCAAAAGAGAGAACCUUAAUGAGGUGGUGUCUGCCUUGACAGCACAAGUACGUUUUGAACCUGAUAACAAAAACAUUCAACGUAAGGAUCCUUAUUAUGGAGCAGACUGGGGAAUAGGGUGGUGGACAGCUGUAGUGAUAAUGUUGAUAGUAGGCAUAAUAACGCCAGUAUUUUAUUUGCUGUAUUAUGAAAUUUUAGCUAAAGUGGAUGUUAGUCACCAUUCAACAGUGGAUUCUUCACAUUUGCAUUCAGGAGUCACACCCCCAUCACAGCAGAGCGAAAUGGAAAAUGAAAUUGCUCCAACUAAAGGAAUACCCUUUGUCCCACAAGAUGACCAUAAGCUUUAUAGUCAAUAUUCUCAGUUACCUGCUGCUCGACACAAAACAUAGCAGUUAGUUCAGUUACAGUGUUAGCGAUCACAUGUGUAUCUGGAAUUUGGUGGGUGAAUCAGUUAUAUUAAAUAACCACUUCAAAGGCAGAAUUUAGGGAGAUUGAAGAUGCUUUUUCACCUUUUUUUUGUUUGUUUUUUGGAGCCAUUUACAAAUGGAUUGAGUAUAAAAUCCCUACAGUUGCUAGUUGUUGAUACUGAAAGCAGUACAUCUGUAUAUCUGUUUUAUCAGUGCUUAAAGCAGAAAUGAAUUUAAAU